UCUAACUGCUGGCAGUUAAAGGGUCACGUAAGCUGCGUUUCCACAGAGAGGCUCGACAACAGUUACUGCUCAUCACUCAUUCUUCAACUCAUCAAAGAGAGAGUAUUAGCAACGGGAGAGCAGCUGAGAGGCUGCCGUUAAGGGAUCAGCCAUGCUUGGAGGCAUCCACACAGAUUUGUUGGUCACAGUGACUCUACUCUUUCUAGCUCAGACAGGGACUCAGUGUAGAGCUGAAGAUGACUUUUCAUUGGUUACUUUACCAGGUUGGAGGAGCAAUUCAGAAUAUGUUACAAAGUGUUUCUACGACAAACAGGACAAUCUGAUUUGUGACUGGAACCAACGAAGAACAGAAGAUGUUGUAGGGACUGUUUUAGAGAGCAGUCCACUGGGGCUGGAGGGCGAGGCCUGUUUGGAGUUUUGGCAUCUAUCCCCGGUUAGUAGUAGUUCAGCACUUCGUGUUCUACUGAAAAACAGCAUGGAUCUGACAGAAAUAUGGACCACAUCUGUCCUCCCCCGGGAUUCUUGGAGACAAGUGUUUGUCCCCUUGAACGCCAUCAAACCAGGGACUCAGGUUGUCAUCGAAGCAACGUCCCUGGAGGGCCAGUUCGAAUUUAACCAGAUAGGUGUAAGGAGAGGCUCAUGCGGAGCACAAUGUGAGCCUAACACAGAGUUAUGGACAGAUGAGUCCACCCGCUGCCUCUGUUCCGGUGGCCAGCUCUCCUGCUCUCCCUCUCAGUGCCCUGAGGGCCAAAUCUGCAGUCCUCAAAAAGGAAGCUCCAGUGGGAUUUCUGCCUCUGGGACGUGCACUAUACACAGUCAUACAGACUGCAGCACUUUUGAUGGUGUGCUGUUCCGCUUCAUGGCCCCCUGCACCUACACUCUGGCUAAAACCUGCUCACCCUCCGAGGCUCUACCCAUGUUCAGUGUGGAAGUGGUCAAUGAGCAGAACUGGAACUCAUCUCUGCCAACGGUUCAGCAGGUCACAGUGAACAUGGGGAACUUCAGAGUGUCCCUGCUGAAAAGGCAGACACACCGCGUUGUGGUUAAUGGCAUCUGGAAGAAGCUUCCACUGAGCAUCAGCAGGGGUACUGUCAACAUCAAGAGCAACCCUGCUGCUGUUGUACUGGAAACCAGCUUCGGUCUUUCUGUCUCAUAUGACAACACUGGUGCUGUCAAUGUCAUCCUACCAUCCACUUACUCUGAUCAAGUCUGUGGCUUGUGUGGGAACUUUAACCACCUCAGAGGAGAUGACUUCAGAAAGCCCGAUGGUACAAAUGCUCCAGACGCCACAGCUCUGGCUGAGAGCUGGCAGACUGGCCAAAACACUUCCUCCUGUGAAACCAUUCUCGUCCCUCAUCAGUGUGACCCCCUGGAGGAGGCCGAGUAUGCCAGUGAGCAGUACUGUGGAGGCCUCCUUUCUAGCACUGGGCCCUAUGCUGCAUGCCUAUCAGUUCUGGGGGUAGAGAGCUACUUCAGAAACUGUGUGGUUAGCAUGUGUGUGACUCAUGGUGACCCAGCAGCACUAUGCAAGACAUUACAGAUCUAUGCUGAUACCUGCCAGGAGGCUGGAGUCAUCGUACCUGCAUGGAGGAACUCUACAUUCUGCCCCCUUCAGUGUGAGGGGAACAGCCAUUAUAACUCAUGUGCUGAUGGCUGCCCCGAAGUGUGCUCCAGUCUGGAUAUAGUUGGCUCCUGUGGAAGCUGUGAGGAAAGAUGCGAGUGUGACUCUGGCUUUAAAUUUAGUGGGGGAAAGUGUGUCCCGGCAGAGGACUGUGGGUGCUGGUACAAUGGAAAACACUAUGAGAAAGGAGCAACAUUUGUAGAGGGAGAGUGUGAAAAGGAGUGUGAAUGCAUGGGUAAUAAUAACGUGCAGUGCGCUGCAAUGCAAUGCGCAGACAAUGAGGUUUGUAAGGUCAAGGAUGGGGUCAAAGGCUGCUUCCCUUUCAAACCCGCCACCUGCAGAGUGUAUGGUGACCCGCACUAUAUCACCUUUGACGGGAUGGCGUAUGACUUUGAAGGGGGUUGCACUUACACGCUGACUACCACGUGCGGAGGAGAAAGCUCAGUCCAGUUCAGCGUGAUUGGACACAACAUGCAUCCUCCCCUGCAAAACACCCGAUCAAAGCUUGAAGCUGUGACACUAGAGGUGGACGAGCUAUACCUCACCCUGAAUCAGAGUGGAGUGGUCUAUGUGAAUAAUAGCCGUGUCCCACUCCCUCAUUCAACCACUGGUGCAUAUGGCUCAGUGUGGGUCUACCUGAAGAAAAAUUAUGUCGUCUUGGAGACGACCUUUGGCCUCAGAAUGAUGAUAGAUGCGCAGAACAGACUCUUCCUGCAGGUGGAUGAGCGCUACAAGUAUGAACUGUGUGGACUGUGUGGCACAUACUCUGAUCGUCAGGAUGAUGACAUCUUGGCACCAGAAGGCCAAAAUGCUACUGGGAUAUUUGAGUUUGGUGACAGCUGGAAGGUGCCAGGCAAUAAUGAGUGUAUUUCCCAUCCAAAUGAUCCCAGACUCUGUGACUAUGAUGAGGAGAAUGAGGCCUACAAUGAGUGUUACGCCCUGCUAGGAGAUGCCUUCCAGCCCUGCCAUGAACACAUUCAUCCAAGCAUCUACCUCAACAGUUGUGUGUAUGACUACUGCGCCACAAGUGGUGACCUUCACACCUUAUGUGAAUCUCUCAAGUCCUAUGCAGCAGCAUGCCAGGUUGCAGGAGUGGAGCUGCCCUACUGGCAGGCAGACACAGCCUGUGCUGACCCCCCAACCACUUCAACUCUUCCAACAACUCCAACUCCUACCUCUCCAACGCCCGAUCAGACUUUCUGUCCCAUAAACUGCGACUUUGACAAAAAUGUGUGUGGGUGGGAGCAGCUUGUACAGGACAGUUAUGAUUGGACGAGACAUUCAGGGCUCACCCCAUCAAGCUUAACUGGCCCAGACCAAGACCACACCUCUGGAGCUGGUUUCUACAUGUAUAUUGAGGGAAAUAGUGCAUUCCAUGGAGAUUCAGCUCGUCUUCUGAGCUCAAAUUGCCAUUAUAAUGGCCCACUCUGCCUGCACUUCUGGUACCAUAUGUAUGGUUCAGCCACAGCCAUGGCCCUCAAUAUCUACCUGCUCAAAGACAAUAAAGCUACCAAAGUCUGGUCCAUGGUGAACAACCAGGGACCAAAAUGGCAUCUAGGAAAUGUUGACAUCGGAGUGUCUGGUCCAUUUCAAAUAAUAGUAGAGGGAAUUCGAGGCUCUGAUGCUCAAUCAGAUGUCGCCAUCGAUGACAUUUCCAUCCACUUUGGCUCAUGCUCAGGGAGCUCCCCUGGCCUGGUUAGUGGAACUGAGUUUCCUUCCACAACUGCAGAAGUGCUCUCCCCACACCCAGUCUGCAGAAUGGACUGCAGCUUUGACAACAACCUUUGUAGCUGGAAACAGAUGAUUACAGAUGCUUUUGACUGGACAUUUCAGAGUGGUUCCACCCCCAGCCUGAUGACUGGGCCCUCUGCUGACCACACUGGUGAUGGCCACUAUCUUUACAUCGAGGCCAGCAGCGCAUCAUAUGGAGACACAGCUCGUCUCCUCAGCUCUGAGUGUUCUGACUCUGGUCCUCAGUGUCUGCAGUUCUGGUACCAUAUGUACGGCUCAGCCGACACAAUGGGCCUACAUGUUUACCUGCUGCAGGACAGAUUAGCCGAAGCUGUUUGGUGGAAGAGAAAUGACCAAGGAAAUAUGUGGCAACUGGCUCAGGUGGACAUCACAACAACUGGAGCUUUCCAGAUCAUCAUUGAAGGGCGUAGAGGCUCAAACGAAGAGUCUGAUGUGGCAAUAGAUGAUGUAAAACUUUAUCGUGGUCGAUGCUCCGAUCUGAGUGGUGGUGUGGCAACAAGUGGUCCUGAAACUGGUGGAAACACAGCCCCUCCAAGUGUCCCUGUUCCAACCACUACAGCUCCAGAGCCUCCUCUGGUCAAUGUUACUGCUCUGCUCCCCGUUACAGCUCAGCCCCCUGUAGCAAAUAUCACCAUACCUCCAAUCAUGGAAGCAACAACAGACCUUAUUAAUACGGGAAAUGUUACUGAAGCUUCAGAUAACGGACAACCACAGCGUUCAGUAUGCCAGCUCAACUGCAAUUUUGAACAAGAUCUAUGUCAGUGGAGUCAACUUGUUACUGAUGUUUUUGACUGGACGAGGCAUAGAGGCACCACACCUACUGUGAUGACAGGGCCUUCUUCAGAUCACACCACUGGAGAUGGCCACUAUCUUUACAUCGAGGCCAGCAGCGCAUCAUAUGGAGACACAGCUCGUCUCCUCAGCUCUGAGUGUUCUGACUCUGGUCGUCAGUGUCUGCAGUUCUGGUACCAUAUGUAUGGCUCAGCAGAUACAAUGGGCCUCCAUGUUUACCUGCUGCAGGACAGAUUAGCCGAGGCUGUUUGGUGGAAGAGAAAUGACCAAGGAAAUAUGUGGCAGCUGGCUCAGGUGGACAUCACAACAACUGGAGCUUUCCAGAUCAUCAUUGAAGGGCGUAGAGGCUCAAACGAAGAGUCCGAUGUGGCAAUAGAUGAUGUAAAACUUUAUCGUGGUCGAUGCUCCGAUCUGAGUGGUGGUGUGGCAACAAGUGGUCCUGAAACUGAUGGAAACACAGCCCCUCCAAGUGUCCCUGUUCCAACCACUACAGCUCCAGAGCCUCCUCUGGUCAAUGUUACUGCUCUGCUCCCCGUUACAGCUCAGCCCCCUGUUGCAAAUGUCACCAUACCUCACAUAGUGGAAGCAACAACAGACUUCUUUAAUGCGGGCAAUGUUACUGAAGCUUCAGACAACAGACCACCACCGCAUUCAGCAUGCCAGCUCAACUGCAAUUUUGAACAAGAUCUAUGUCAGUGGAGUCAACUUGUUACUGAUGUUUUUGAUUGGACGAGGCAUAGAGGCACCACACCUACUGUGAUGACAGGGCCUUCUUCAGAUCACACCACUGGAGAUGGCCACUAUCUUUACAUCGAAGCCAACAGCGCAUCAUAUGGAGACACAGCUCGUCUCCUCAGCUCUGAGUGUCCUGACUCUGGUCCUCAGUGUCUGCAGUUCUGGUACCAUAUGUACGGCUCAGCAGAUACAAUGGGCCUACAAGUUUACCUGCUGCAGGACAGAUUAGCCGAGGCUGUUUGGUGGACAAGAAAUGACCAUGGAAAUAUGUGGCAACUGGCUCAGGUGGACUUUACAACAACUGGAGCUUUCCAGAUUAUAUUUGAGGGGCGAAGAGGUUCCAAUGAUCAGUCUGAUGUUGCCAUAGAUGAUGUAUCUCUUCACCGCGGGCACUGCAGAGACGUGGCUCAACCAACAAACCCUGCUCCAACAACCUUCAAUCCAGUUGCAACAGAAGGUCCAGAGUUUCCUACAGCAAACAGCUCAACUGCUACACAACCACAAACAUCAACUUCAUCUAUCCCACAGCCACCAUCAACAACUUCCUCUACAACAACAACUGCCAUGACAACAGCAGCAACUUCUAGUGAUACACACACCACAACAAAACAAGCAACAACUGUAACCCCCAACACUUCCAAUCCUGACGUCCCAACAACAACACCAGAGUUACUAAUGACAUCAACACCAAUCACAACAACCACAGCUGGACCCCAGACUACAGCUAGACCCCACAUACCAACAACAAAGCACCCAGGAGUUGAAACAUCAGAGCAACCACAACUUCAAACCACAGCUCAACCACAACCCCCAACAACAGCUGGACCACAACCCCCAACAACAGCUAGACCACAACCUCCAACCACGGCUAGACCACAACCUCCAACCACAGAUAGACCCCAACCUACAACAACAGCUAGACCACAACCACCAACAACAGCUAGACCACAACCACCAACAACAGCUAGACCACAACCUCCAACCACAGCUGGACCACAACCUCCAACCACAGCUAGACCACAACCUCCAACAACAGCUGGAACACAACCUCCAACUACAGAUAGACCCCAACCUACAACAACAGCUGGAUCACAACCUCCAACAACAACUAGACCACAACCUACAACAACAUCUGAACCACAACCUCCACACACAGCUAAGCCACAACCAACAACAGGUGGACCUCAACCUACAACAACAGCUAGACCACAACCUACAACAACAGCUGGACCGACAACAACAGGUGAACCUACAACAACAACUGGACCAACAACAACAGCUGGACCACAACCUACAAUAACAGCUAGACCACAACCUACAACAACAGCUGGACCACAACCGACAACAACAGCUGGACCUACAACAACAGGUGAACCUACAACAACAACUGGACCAACAACAACAGCUGGACCACAACCUACAAUAACAGCUAGACCACAACCUACAACAACAGCUGGACCACAACCGACAACAACAGCUGGACCUACAACAACAGCUGGACCACAACCUACAACAACAGCUGGACCAACAACAACAGCUGGACCUACAACAACAGCUGGACCACAAUCUACAACAACAGCUGCACCUACAACAACAGCUGGACCGACAACAACAGUAAAACCACAACCUACAACAACAGGUGUACCUACAACAACAGCUGGGCCACAACACACAACAGCUGGACCAGAGCCUACAACAACAGCAGGACCACAACCCCCAACAACAGCUGGACCUACAACAACAGCUGCAGCACAACCUACAACAACAACUAGACCAGCGCCUACAACAACAACUGGGUCUACAACAACAGCUAGACCACAAUAUCCAACAACAGCUGUAUCAACACCCUCCUGCCCAGAGAACAGUCAUUACACCACUUGUGUCCCUACCUGCCAACCAACCUGUCAACAACUGAAUGGCCCACCACGCUGCAGUGAUGAUGAGUCUUGUGUGCAGGGAUGUGUAUGUAAUGAAGGCUAUGUGCAGAAAUGGAGGGCCUGUGUGCCUAUCCAACAAUGCGGUUGUGUGGACAGGAAUGGCACCAAACAUCAGUUCAAUGACGUGUGGUACACCAAUCACUGCAGUCAGAAAUGUAAAUGUGAUGAAGACGACGGCGUGGGGGAGAUUGACUGCGAGGACAAGGAUCAGUGCUAUGGAAAUGCUGUCUGUCUUCAAAAUGAUGAGGGCGAUUAUUACUGCCAGUCUACAGGCUUCAGUGAGUGCACUAUCAGGGGAGACCCGGAGUACAGAACCUUUGACCACAUGAAGCAUGACUUUGAUGGUGAGCACUCAUAUGUGCUGAUCCGGACCGACAACUUACCAAAUAACAUUCCACAUGUCUACAUCGAGGGCAUCAAUACUGUGGAUGACGACAAUGAUAGUCAGGAAGAUGGUGAUAGUAGCAGUGAAGAAGACCACAGCCGCAGAGAUAGCGACGAAGAUGAUGAUGAUGAUGAUGAUGAUGAUGACGAAGAUUAUGACAGUGAGGAGGACGAGGAACACCACCGAUUACAAGAGCUUAAGAUCAGAGUGUACGAUCACACCGUGCUACUCAAGAAGAAACUGAGGCUGGUUGUGGAUGGAAGGAGAACUAAUACUCCCGCCUCACCAACUCCUGGUCUAAAGAUCUGGAGGCAUUCAUCUCGCAUCUACCUGAUGACAGACUUUGGUCUUACAGUGGAGUUUGACGGACACAGCACAGCAGAGAUCACUCUGCCACACAUAUAUAAAAGGAAGGUGGGAGGUCUGUGCGGGAACUUUGACGGUAGAAAACGGAAUGACUUGAUGAAGCCAGAUGGUAGCAGGGCCAGGAGCGUUCAAGAGUUUGGAGAGAGCUGGAGAGUGUGAAUAUCACAAUAUCACAAAUACCCUGUGAAGGUUUUCUACCCCAAGAAGAAACAUACCUGUACACAAGAAAAACAGAAUUAAUACGGACUUCCUUUUUCUCCUUUACCUCCAGCUUUUUUCUGUAUAUCAUAGAAAGUAUAACAAAA